UGUAGCUGAGUGAACAACCCUAGUACCUCCGUCCCGCUGACCUUGUCAUCGAAAGACAACACUUUUACUAUUAUUGGGAUAUCAAUCAUCGUUUAUAACGUGAACAGCCUUUGCAGCAACUAUGUGGAUUUACAACAUUAUUUUUACUCUCUUAAUCAUCUGUUAUUCAGAGUGCAGGAGGAAUGCAUUACAGGACUACCAGAGGAGUGAUGGCGUGAGAUUGGUCCAACUGCCAGACUCUGCCCUCCAUACCAAAAGCAGGAAGUUGAGCAUUGUGAAGUGUGCCCGUGGUUGCAGCCGCAACAAGAUACUGCUCUUCACCUGCAGAGCGUUCUUGUAUGAUCAGAAAAACAGGAAAUGCCAGUGGCUGUCGUUUGACAGGAACUCACCAGGAGUCCAAAGCCAACAUGACUUCAACUACCAACUCUACCAGAAGAAAGCCUAUGUGCAGGAGUGCAUAGUGGGGACAGGAGUGAACUACAGAGGGAGAAGGUCUGUAACGGCCAGUGGAAUCAGGUGCCAAGCCUGGGCCUCUCCUUUCCCUCAUGAACACAAUUUCCUACCAAGGAGGAACAGGAAGAAGGAGCUGACAAACAACUACUGUCGUAACCCUGACAACGCUAUUUCAGGACCAUGGUGCUUCACUACAGACCCCAACGUCAGACACCAGGACUGUGGAGUACCUGAGUGCUUACAAGUGGAGUGUGUGAGCUGUAAUGGGGAAAGGUACAGAGGUCCCAUGGAUCACACAGAGACAGGACGGGAGUGUCAACGCUGGGACCUAGAGGAACCACACAAACACCUCUUCCACCCCAAGAGGUAUCCUGAUAAAGGCCUUGAUGACAACUAUUGUAGGAACCCAGAUGGACGUCAACGACCGUGGUGUUUCACCCUGGAUGUACACACAUCCUGGGAGUACUGCAACAUCACAGCCUGCUCCUCAGACAGUGUGGGAGAGGUAGAUGUGACUACCAGGUGUUUCCUGGGUCGAGGUGAGGGCUACAGAGGGACAGUAGCAGUAACACCCAGUGGGGUGACCUGUCAACGCUGGGACUCACAGUACCCCCACAACCACACAUACAUACCCCAGGACUAUCGCUGCAAAGACCUGAGGGAGAACUACUGCAGGAACCCUGACGGCCUUGACCUCCCAUGGUGCUUCACUUCAGACCCUAAUGUUCGCAAGGCAUUCUGCACCAACAUCCUCCGCUGUGGCACACAGAAUACUGAACCCCAUGACUGCUACGAGGGCAACGGAGAGAGCUACAGAGGAGAGGUGUCUAGGACCAGGUCAGGUCUUCCCUGUUCCCUCUGGAGAGACCACAGUUGGGACAGAGAUGCAGCGGUGCUGACUGUGGGACAGGAGGCGAGUUUCUGUAGGAACCCAGACAGAGACACACAUGGCCCCUGGUGUUAUACUAACAGCACUGCUAUACCCUGGGACUACUGCAGCAUCAAACCAUGUGUACCAUCAAAGAACACCAUUCCACAGAGAGUGGAGGUGUCCAAUGUGUCAUGUUUCAUCCAUAAGACGACCAGGAUAGUAGGAGGAGCUCCAGUUGCCAUCACAGACGGAAGCUGGAUGGUCAGCAUACAGAAACGGUCCAGUCACUGGUGUGGAGGUUCUCUCAUACGAGAGGAGUGGGUCCUCACUGACAGACAAUGCUUCUCCUCGUGUGUUCCAGACCUGAGUGAGUAUCGUGUGUGGUUAGGUGUAUCAGACCUUCGUGGCUUGGCUCCUAACAGCUCCUUCAGACAGGAAGUCUCCAUCUCCCAUGUGAUCUGUGGUCCUGAGGGCUCCAACCUGGCCCUCAUACGGCUGGCCCAGCCUGCCCUCCCUGCAGACAGUGUCCACACCAUUCAGCUGCCGGUGGCUGGGUGCUCCAUUGCUGAUGGCUCGAUGUGUACCAUGCAUGGAUGGGGCGAGACCAAAGGUACGGGUCAUGAAGGUGUACUGAAGGUGGUCCAUCUGCCCAUGAUCAGUAAUGAGAGGUGUAGUGAACAACACAGAGGGAACCUCCACAUCACAGACACCAAGAUUUGCGCUGGGGGGAGGAAGGACGAGGGCGUCUGUGAGAGGGACUAUGGCGGCCCCUUGGUGUGCCAGGAAGGAGAGAGCAGGGUCAUAGUGGGGGUCAGUGUCCAUGGCAGAGGCUGUGCCCGUGCCAAUCGGCCUGGCAUCUUCAUCAACGUCCCCUUCUAUACCCAGUGGAUCCACAAGGUGUUCCGACACUACCCCGAACCUCAGAUCAACUAGGCACGACCCUCAGAUCAACUAGGCACGACCCUCAGAUCAACUUGGCACUACCCUCAGAUAAUUUAAAUAUCAAAUAAAGAUAAACCUUUAUCCCAUCAUCAAUUAGAGACUCACUCGACCCCCCCCCCCUUGAUAUAGAUACACCCGUGGCUCAGUCACGUAAGGACCAACUGAGUCCCUGUGUAUUUGAAAGAGGGAAAACUCCAGCCAUACAGAAAGAUAUCAAACACAACUCCAAACUUGAUUCUGGAAUUCAGACUCAUGGACUUCUAUAUGUCUUUGGAGUAGACCUGUGAAGUGGAAUGUAAUUGUGUUGAUCAGACUGCUGGAUCGAUCCUUUAGAUAAUAUAAAUAGGUAGUGUUACAGACAUGCUACUAAGGACAACCGAGGUGUGGAUAUGUGGUUGGCUAAACACCAUGUGCUGAAGCUGGUAAGGUUUGGAUGUUCAGGACUCAUAUUGUACACAAUCAGUAGGAAUCUGUAGACAAUGUGGUAAUAGGGGAGAGUGGGGUAAAUUGAGACACCCCUGUUUUUAGGAAACCAUAUACAAAAUUAAUAAUGUGACCACAUUUUUAGGAAGAGGUCAUCAUUUCAUGGAGUCAGAAGGAAGAAACCAACACCACAAAGUAAAUUGAAUGUAUUGUGUUCCAGGUUCCAUGAUGCUUGUAUCUAAACCAAAGUUAGAUGUACAUCAGUUGGGGUCUUUAUAAGCUACAAUAUGAGGUCCUAAAUCUAGCAUAAAAGUUCAUCCUUGUAGCUGUGUGGACUAAUAUAAUCUAAAUGUUUGCCUUGGUGUAAGUUGAGCCAAUGGCCACCAUACCCCACGUGUCAUGCAUAUACACUCAUGAUAGUGCAUUUGUAUUAUUACAGAGCAGACAUCAUCAUGCCCCUUGUAUACAAACGUAAAACAAGCAGGGGUCUAGUCGCCUUUAGUUUCUUGAGAGCAACCAAGGAAGUGAGAGAAGGGAAGAAGUCCAUUUGAGCAGCAGAAAAGGAUAGAAAAAAUGGUCUUUAUGACACCGAAGAGGUACAUUUUUAUUUUUAUUUAUUUCACCUUUAUUUAACCAGAUAGGCUAGUUGAGAACAAGUUCUCAUUAUACACCUGCUGGAGCGCGUGCUACGGAUGGGUGUUGCCAUCGUGACCAGUGAACUGA